UUAUUCAACUCCGUCUCUUUAAACAGUUUCCGUUCUCUCUCUCUCUCUCUGCCUCUCUCACUUAAGGUGAUCAUAUUUUUUCAAGCUCUCAAUUUUCUCUGGAUUCAAGUCCUCUCCUCUAAGGUUGGAUUCUUUGUUGUUAACACUGUUACUGCCCUUAGUUGCGUUCAGCUGUAGUUUUAUUUGAUUGAUUGAUGAAACUUAGUGGAUUUUGUUGUGCUUGGAACUGAAUCAUGAAGACUUUUAUGAGGUUUACCUAUGGUUUUGUGGAUUGAUUGGUUUAUGAAUCUACGAUUGGCUCGGAUUUUUCAUUUGAUUUAUGAAGAUGUCAAUAGGGAGAUUUUGUUCAUUGUUAGGGGUUUUAAGUUUUAAAUCGUGGGAAAAGAGGAAAUAGUUGGAAGAGCAAGGAAAAAGGAAUGGGGGAAGCUCUUCUCACUACUCUGUCAAUGGAGGCUGAUCACCCCUCUACAUUUCUGUCAGUGGAUUCUGGUUCUUUUCUACCGGAUGAAUUGGAGAGAGAGAUGAACCGAUCUAUUAUGCUUUCUCGGCCACCUGAUAUCAAUCUCCCAUUAUCAUCUGAACCGAGCUCACCUCCAUUGGCAUGGAGUGAUUCAUAUGACAUCUUAGAUGUUAGUCUAACACCCCAGAUUUUCGAGGCGGUUUUCAAUGUCCCAAAAGUGGCUAAGAAGUGCAUCAAGCGUCUUGACAGUAUAUGGGGUGCUUGGUUUUUCUUUACUUUCUACUUCAAGCCUGUUUUAAAUGGGAAAUCAAAAUCUAAGAUAAUCAGGGACAGCAACGGUUUGUCAGGUUAUGACAAGUCAGACUUGGAGCUAGAUGCUUUCUUGGUUCAGCAUGAUAUGGAGAACAUGUAUAUGUGGGUUUUCAAGGAAAGGCCCGAAAAUGCACUUGGUAAGAUGCAGUUGAGGAGUUACAUGAAUGGCCAUUCUCGGCAAGGGGAGCCCCUGUUUCCGUUUAGUGUUGGUAAGGGUUUUGUUAGAUCUCAUAGAAUGCAGAGGAAACACUACAGGGGUCUAUCUAAUCCUCAAUGUUUGCAUGGGAUUGAAGUUGUGGCAUCACCAAACCUCUCGAAUCUUGAUGAUGAAGAGAAGAGGAGAUGGAGAGGACUUACAGGUAGGGAGAUAAACUUCUCUAUUCCUCCUGAAGCAAGUGAUUUUGCAUCUUGGAGGAAUCUUAUUAUCACAGAAUUCAAACUUGAGCGUCCCCCUGCCCCUCUAAAGAGUAAUUUACAUUAUCACACUAGAAAGCUGCUUAACGGUACUGGUUUAAAUUUAUCAACUCAGCCGAUGCAACAUGGCAAUGGUAAUGGGAUGGAUUUAUCUCCUGUCUGUAAUAAACAGAACAAGGACUAUUUCCGGAAUGGAAAUGAUGAGGAUCCUUGUUUACCUAAUAAUCUGCAUUCUAACAAAGUUUUGGACAUGAAAAUCCACCCAGUUGAGCCAACUUGGAUGAAUGAAUUUAGUGGGGUAAUGAAGAAUGUAUACGGGCCCGUAACAGCAGCAAAAACGAUAUAUGAAGAUGAAGAAAGCUUUUUGAUCAUCGUCAGCUUGCCCGUUUCGGAUCUUCAAAGGGUGAAAGUUACUUGGAGAAAUACUCCCUCACAUGGAAUUGUAAAGAUAUCGUGUGCGAGUACAGCUUGCAUGCCAUUCAUUAAGAGAUACGAUAGGACAUUUAAACUAACAGAUCCAGCUCCCGAACACUGCCCUCCAGGGGACUAUAUUAGAGAGAUUCCCCUUCCGAACCGCAUUCCUGAAAAUGCUAAACUGGAAGCAUACCAUGAUGAGACUGGAACAAUGCUCGAGAUUGUUGUGCCCAAACAUCGUGGAGGACCAGAAGAGCAUGAGGUCCAUGUCUGCUUUCGCCCCUCCCCAUGAGUGAAUGACCAUUCAUGGACCUCAAGGAAACUAUAUUGCGAGACAUGCAAGGAUGUUAGUGUUUGGUGCUUCAUUGUUUGCUAACCUCACUCCAUGAGGAAAUCUAUGAACUUAUAACUGCAUUUUUUAUAUUAUAUGUCAUACCGUGCGAAGUUGAUUCAUCGAAGUUA